GAGCAAGUCAGAGGCAUUUCCUCCCCGCGGGGGAGCGGCAGCCCGCUCUCCGCGGCCGGCAGGAGCGGCGUCGGCAGCCGCGGCGGGCGCCGGGCCGCCCGCUCCGUCCCGCCAUGCGCGAGCCGGCCGAGGGCUGCUGAGGCGCCGGGCCGCGAAGCGGAGUUCGAGUGCACGGGCUCCGGCGCUCGCCGACCAGCCCUGUCCGCCCGGCGGCGGGAUGGAGCCGGCGACCGCGCCCCGGCCGGACAUGGCGCCGGAGCUGACCCCCGAGGAGGAGCAGGCUACCAAGCAGUUUCUUGAAGAGAUCAACAAGUGGACAGUUCAGUACAAUGUUUCUCCACUGUCUUGGAACGUGGCUGUCAAGUUCCUCAUGGCCAGAAAGUUUGAUGUGCUACGCGCCAUAGAGUUGUUUCACUGCUACAGAGAAACAAGAAGAAAGGAAGGCAUUGUGAAGCUGAAACCUCAUGAGGAACCUCUCCGCUCUGAGAUUCUCAGUGGAAAGUUUACCAUCUUGAAUGUUCGAGACCCAACUGGAGCCUCCAUUGCCCUUUUCACUGCCAGGUUACAUCAUCCUCACAAGUCUGUCCAACAUGUGGUACUGCAGGCCUUGUUUUACUUGCUAGACAGAGCCGUGGACAGCUUUGAAACUCAAAGAAAUGGACUGGUGUUCAUCUAUGACAUGUGUGGUUCUAAUUAUGCCAACUUUGAGCUGGAUCUUGGCAAGAAAGUCCUAAACCUGCUGAAGGGGGCAUUCCCAGCUCGACUGAAGAAGGUCCUGAUUGUAGGAGCACCUAUAUGGUUCAGAGUGCCCUACUCUAUCAUCAGCCUGCUCUUGAAGGACAAAGUCCGGGAGAGGAUUCAGAUAUUAAAGACUUCUGAAGUUACCCAGCACCUGCCUAGGGAGUGCCUUCCAGAAAAUCUGGGUGGGUGCGUCAAAAUUGACCUCGCCACUUGGAAUUUCCAGUUCCUGCCCCAAGUGAACGGCCACCCAGAUCCCUUCGAUGAGAUCAUCCUGUUUUCCCUACCUCCUGCCUUAGACUGGGAUUCAGUACAUGUUCCAGGUCCCCAUGCCAUGACCAUCCAAGAGCUGGUAGAGUAUGUUAACACCAGGCAAAAGCGGGGCAUAUAUGAGGAAUAUGAAGACAUUCGUCGUGAGAACCCUGUUGGCACUUUCCAUUGUUCCAUGUCUCCAGGAAACCUAGAGAAAAACAGAUAUGGAGAUGUACCCUGCCUGGACCAAACAAGAGUGAAACUGACAAAACGAAGUGGCCACACGCAGACAGAUUACAUCAAUGCCAGUUUCAUGGAUGGCUACAAGCAGAAGAAUGCUUAUAUUGGUACACAAGGUCCUUUGGAGAAUACCUAUCGUGACUUCUGGCUCAUGGUUUGGGAGCAAAAAGUUUUGGUGAUUGUCAUGACCACCCGCUUUGAGGAAGGCGGCAGGAGAAAAUGUGGCCAGUACUGGCCUUUAGAAAAAGACUCUCGGAUCCGUUUUGGCUUCCUCACGGUGACUAAUCUAGGAGUGGAGAACAUGAGCCAUUAUAAGAAAACAACUUUAGAAAUUCACAACACAGAGGAGCGGCAGAAACGCCAGGUGACCCACUUCCAGUUCUUAAGCUGGCCAGAUUAUGGUGUCCCUUCCUCAGCAGCUUCCCUCAUUGACUUCCUGAGAGCGGUCAGAAACCAGCAGAGCAUGGCCGUUGGCAGCCUGGGACCACGCUCCAGAGGCCAGUGCCCUGAGCCACCCAUUGUGGUACAUUGCAGUGCAGGCAUUGGCAGGACAGGUACCUUCUGCUCAUUGGACAUCUGCCUGGCACAGCUGGAGGAGCUUGGCACCCUUAAUGUGUUCCAGACGGUGUCACGAAUGAGGACCCAGAGGGCCUUCAGUAUCCAGACCCCUGAGCAGUACUACUUUUGCUACAAGGCCAUUUUGGAGUUUGCAGAGAAGGAAGGCAUGGUUCCCUCUGGUCACAGCCUGUUGGCCAUGGAGGGUCAGUAACUGUUCCACGUGUUCCUACCUGCUGGCCAGCCUUCCUUAACUACCCUGGACACCGCUGAGCCUAUAGGUGGCCAUCAGUUACGCUGAAGCCAUGGAUCAACUUCUUUCCCGUGUCUCCCAGCGCACAUGUGCACUCAAGGCAGCCUUCCCUUGGCUAGAUAAAUGUGGUGAAAGUGCCACUAGAAAGGGCCAGCAGCGACGUGUUCUUAAUUCCUAGCACCUGCUAUUGAACUGUGCCUUAUUAAAACCAAAUUGUGGCUAUUGAUUCUUGCCAGGGUCCCUGAGGUAAGUGGGGAAGGACCCUGCUCUUCCCCCCACCUCCCAACACCAUUCUUCUUCUACAAGUUUCCUCCUUCCCUUUGCUAGGAUUUGGCAGGGAGGUUUAGUGAGCAUUCAUCUUCCUGUCCAGAAAGCUUGACCAAGUUACAUAUUCUAGAGAAUGUCCCGAGUGCCAAGCACGUUUAUACAUAGGGCGUGUAUUCCAGUCUUUUCUGUCAUUGUAUGUGUGCGUGUACGUAUGUACACUUCUGUGUAUGGAUCCAUAUGUAUGUGUGUACAUAAUAUAUACUGUAUGUGAUAAUAUGGUCAUAUUCUAUAAAUACAUAUACACACAGAUA